AUGCAUGCGAGAAUUAGGGACUAUUUGUUUCAAGAACACAAAACGGUGAGUUUGCAAAAUCUCUGGAUACUUUAUUACUGCUUUAUUACUGUGCGCAAAGCAAAUUUGGAAGGAAUAACUUUCGUCGUCAAUCAAUUAUCGUCAUGUGACACAAAAUCUCUCUAAAUCUAGGCUCAUUGUUGUUAAUUACAUACAUUACAAACAAAUCACCCCUAUACUGUAUAUAAAAAUGAGAAAGGUAGCAAUGGGUACAUUGGAACUAAAGCAAAGUCUGACUGGGCAUGGAGGCAGGGUGUGGAAUAUUUGUUGGCAUCCCAAAGGUGCGAAUCUAGCGUCUUGCGGCGAAGAUAAGACGAUUAUAAUAUGGGGAUUGGAGGGACCCAAGUGGGUUACAAAAAUGAUCCUUACCGAAGGACAUUCCAGAACCAUUAGAGAACUGGCUUGGUCCCCCUGUGGUAAUUAUAUCGCGUCGGCGAGUUUUGAUGCCACUACUGCGGUAUGGGACAAGAAGUCGGGACAGUUUGAAUGUAAUGCGACGUUAGAAGGGCAUGAGAACGAAGUUAAAAGCGUUAGUUGGUCAAUCUCUGGUCAGUUACUCGCCACAUGUAGCCGAGACAAAUCUGUAUGGGUAUGGGAAGUGAAUGACGAUGAAUACGAAUGUGCUGCCGUUAUCAAUGCUCAUACUCAAGACGUAAAGAAGGUGAGAUGGCAUCCACAUGAAGAAAUUCUAGCCUCUGCCAGUUACGACAACACAGUGAAGAUAUUUAAGGAAGAUGCUGCUGAUAGCGAUUGGUCAUGCACCGCAACCUUGUCGUCUCACACAUCUACGGUAUGGAGUCUUUCAUGGGAUAAGAUCGGCGAUCGAAUAGCAACCUGCAGCGAUGAUAAAACGGUUAAGAUAUGGCGGGAAUAUAAACCUGGAAACGAUAUGGGCAUUGCUACACCGAACAACGAGUCUAUCUGGAAGUGUAUCUGCACACUGUCGGGAUAUCAUACGAGAACUAUUUAUGAUAUCGAUUGGUGCAAAAUUACGGGUUUACUGGUGACCGCGUGCGGCGACGAUAUCAUUAGGAUAUUUAAAGAGGAUAGCGACUGUGAUCCACAUCAACCGAGUUUUACAAUGAUCUGCUCGAUAAAUAGUGCACACGCUCAAGAUGUUAAUUGUGUUCAGUGGAAUCCUACAAUUCCUGGACAACUCGCGUCUGCGAGCGACGAUAGUACAGUGAAGAUAUGGCUUUAUAAUGAAUAA